AUGGAGGAUGAUGAUAAUGAAUCUGACGCUGGAGGUCCUGUCAUUCCAAUUCUACAGUCCACAUCUUCAACAGCACAAACUUCAUCAACACCCACUCAAACAUUAUCCACGCCAGUACAAUCAUAGUCUACACCAGCACAAACACCAUCCAGAUCUACACCUACACAAUUCACAUCAACACCUGCACAAUCCUCAUUCACAUUUGCACAAUUCACAACACCUGCUCAAUUCAUGUCAUCAACACCUUUCCCAUCAGCUCCAUUAUCGUAGUGAGUUCUCCAUCACCCCACAUCACAUCACCUGGUUUUAGUCCUGUAUCAUCAGGUUCACCUGGAAAACGAAUAAGCAUUGUGAAUCAGAAGUUUGGGAAUACAUCGUGGUACCUCAGUGACAGCUGGAAAGAGGUCUUUCUUCCAUGUACCCAUUUAAAUACCCUUCAGAUCACGUCGCUUUUACGCAUUUUGGGAAAGUAAGUCAUAGUGUGGUUAUUGUAGUUUUUGAAUUUAUUAAAAGAACUUUAAUCUUAUGAAAAUGAAAAUAAUCAGCAUGUCACAAGCGUGGGGCGAAGAAAAAAAUGAGUCCCCAACAGGAAUCAAACCUAUGACCUCCCAAACACCAGGCGGGCAUUCUAUCCACUUGAGCUACAGAGAACUCAUUAAAAGCAAGGCCACUUACUAGGUUCAUGUUUGGCACGUGUCCUACAUACUGCUAGGAUCAGCAAUGUCGACGUCGCACUGUGUGGUGAAAGAAAUGAAAGAUGGUAAAUUUUAAGCUCGGUGAAACAAAUGUGAAAAUGAAAAUUAAUAAUCACCAUGUCACGAGCGUGGGGCAAAGAAAAAAUCUGAGUCCCUGACGGGAUUGAACCUAUGACCUCCCAGACACCGUGUGGGCGCUCUAUUCACUUGAUUUACAGAGAGCUCAUGUAGAGUGAGGCCAUAUACUAGGUUCAUAUUUUACACGCAUCCUGCAUACCUCUAGGAUCACCAAUGAGCAAGUUGCUGGAGUUCCAACUAAAUUUUCAUCGGUUUUGUUUCAGAAUGAUGUUGACAUAAUUGUAAAUGCUGAUAAGGCACGUGACAUCCUUGGGUGUAUGAUAAAACUGCCCUGGGAUGUCAACAAGAAUUUGUCUUCCCACAUUGCAGCUCAUUUACCUUUAAUGCAGUUGCCCAAAUUCCUUACCAGUGAGGAGCAGCGGCGCCUUCCUGAAAGGUAUGUGGAGUUGAGAGAUCAACUUUUUUGCAUUUUUCAAUAUCUUUAUCUGAUCUUUAUCGGAGGGUAGCCAAUUGAUAUAUUAACAGGAACAGCUAGCAAGGGUGGGUGCUAAUACUUUCAAAUGUUUACUUUUCCUCUGAAGUUGUUUAGGCAUUUUCAAUUGCACCCUAUUGGUUUUGUAUAUGUGUGCAUCAUGUUUUAGACAACACAAAAAAUAUUUCCUUUUUGUCACUGAUCGUAACAGCGAGAUGCAAAUGGGAAGUUUCAUUUAAUUUUAUUUCAAACGAAUUUCAAUGUUACCUGAAAAUACUGUUUCGUGAUUGUUCUGUUACACUUUAGAAAUUGUAUCAGAACUGUAUCUCUUCAAUAACUGCAGUUGUAAGUCCCUUGUAUGUACAUGAUAAACUGCUUUGACAAUCAUGAUUAACCACAAAGAAGUGUCUUUUUUUUUCACAGCACAGCAAUACUUUCAAACCUCAUUGAUAUUAAGAAAAGUGUCUGUAAUGCAUCUGAAUUAAGCGGGUAAAUUUACAGAAAAUGCAAGGGUGUUUUCGCAGGGACACUGCAAACUUUCUGUACUAAUGAGGUGUCUGCAUUAAGUAGGUGUCUGUAGCAUUGGGUUUGACUGUACUUACAGGGAAUAAAAAGAUUUGGGUCCAGAUGACUUUGUGCGUGCUCGCUAGUUACAACGGUUUAGAGCACUCUGGCAUGGCCUAGAUGAUUUUACAUUUGUGGUAUUAUUGGGGUUGCUUCAUAGCUUAUCUUACCUUCAUCCUAGCAUCAGCACUGCAAUGACAAGAGCCAGAAGGCCGAAACAGCACUGUCUGCAGUUAGAUAAACCUCUUUCACAUAUAAAGCUUUACUUUCAUGUUGAAAUUGAGAAUUCUUCUAGGAUGAGUCAUGACUGUAGCAUGCUCACUAGUUACUAGUUAGAGCACUGUGGCGUGGCUUAGAUGAUAUCAUAUUUGUGGGAUCAUUUCGGGUAGCUUCAUAGCUUAACCUCCAUCCUAGCAUCAGCACUGCACUGAUGAGGCCCAAAAGGCCGAAACAGUACUGUCAGCAGUUAAUUUUACUUACAGUAUAACAACAUUUGUAUCAGCUUUUAGAAACCAUCCUUUUUUUAAUUUUAACUUUGGUGCAAGGGUGGCGCAGUGGUGACAACAUUCGGUUCCCAUCAAUGUGGCCUGGGUUCACAUGAAUCCCAGCGAAAAAGCUAUAUGCAGGUUGAGUUUGUUGUUGGUUUUCUUCUUUGCACUGAGAGGUUUUUUCGGGGUUUUCAAACACUUGCAAAUAAUUAAUUCCAAUUUUUCUUUACAAGUAGAUCUGGAACUCACGGACUCGUUCUAGCUAGUUCUUAAUAUCUCCUAAUUGCUCCAUUGUUUAACAAAUUUCCUCACCAUUGAUCUUUCCAAGAUUUUCAACUUACGUGCCACCUUACAUAAACGACAUGGGCCUGGAACCGUUCUAUACAAGUGGUGAUGGCAACUGCUUUUACAACUCACUAGCAGUAAUUAUGGAUCAGGGAGAAGAAUCUUCCGAGGUUUAUAGACUCGGUUCCGCCUUGUUUGGCCUUGCUCAUUAUGAGCACAUUGUUCAGGUGGUAAGUACACCAAAUAGAAGAUUGUUUUAUUACUUGUUCAGCUCAAUUUUAUCAGAUAUUUUUUUAAUAUAUACUGCUGUUGAUCCCCAUAGUUUGUUGGAGGUUGUUAAAUGACGUCGUUAACAGAUGCAAUAAAAAAUGACUGUCGGUGAUAAAUAAUGCUAUUUAUUACCUCUUAAUUGUAUUAUUGCUUGGGUGAUUAUCCUUUUUCAGAAUGAAGAUCGUCUUUCCCACAAAGACAAUGCUCUGCAAUGGGCGGCUUGUGUGAGUCUGUCUGUACAUGAGACUGGUCGUCUACAAGAUGCUUCAGUCCACAAAAUUGUGGCUGAAAUUGUCAAGCGUCAAGUCAUAUCCGCGCUAACCAAUUUCACCGAUAUCGGUAUGAAUUGCCACAUCCUUUGUUAAUUCUCUAUUCUUUGUGUUUUUUACCUGUUCGUUUACAGUUAAUCCCAAUCAAUUCAGUCCUGCUUGGAGGCUUCGAAUUCUUCGCUAUUUUUGACAAUGGUAGUUGCCCUUACGCUGGCGUUUUCAGUGGUUUUACUCCCCUUAAUGUGAACUAGUUUUUUUCGAAUUCCCAAAAACUCAAGGUAACUUAGGUUUCAUUUGGGCUUGGCCAACCAUAUUGCUCGGCUUACGAGUUGCACCGUCGGACAUUUCUGUAAGUCACAAAGUAGGCCCAAAAUAGUAAUAUUAAACAGUAAUGGUUUCCUUUAAAGACGUAUGACAGGAAAAUGAGCUCUAAUUAGAGCCCAAACAUAUUUAUGUCCGAGAACAUAAACUCUAUUAGUAAUGGUAACAGGACUGAGUGGAGUCCAAUUCGGUCUGUAAUCAUACGAGUGAUUAACAAAAACGGACGACCGCGAAACGGGAGUCCGAUUUGUUUAAUCACGAGUAUGAUUACAGACUGAAUUGGACGACACGAAGUUCUGUUACCAAUUAAUCAUAACUUUAACAAAAUUUGUGAUACAAUAGGCUAUUUUUUAAACAAAACACAAGAAAUUCGAAAUUUUGUUUUGCUAGCAGUGAAAAAAAAAGCCAUUUAAGCGCUCGCGUGAUGGCGCGUACUGUCCAAUUACUUAGGCAUGACGCGUACUGUCCUAUUAAACUGUCCAAUUAAGGCUGAAAUCAGGGCAGUUGAGAGCCAAUCAGAUUUGACAAUUUUGUUAUAGCUAUGAUUACUAUUAUUAUUCCUUUGGAGGGCGUUGAGAAAAUAAAGAGUUCAAAAACAAUGACUGCUACAAUGCCUAAAGAUAUAAAAAUGUUUCUACCUUUAUUAGGUAUUUUACAGGUCUCCUUUGCCGCUGGUUUUUUAAAAGUGCCAAUUCAAGAACAUUGCACUCUUCCGGGAGCAGCAUUUUACAAUACCCUGGAGAAUCCUCCAUGCUGUUUCCCGUAA